UCUAAAAGCUCUGCUGGACGGAUCCAGAACACCACUAUAGGUUAACUGGCUGUAAUUGACUGAUCUGGAAUAUUCUCCGUAUAAAAAAGAGGAGAACAUCUCAAAGGUUUACAGUGAAGAUUGUUAUCGUACGGAAUUCUUACGAAGCAUCGCAAACAGACCAUCGCAAAAUAACCAGUUGCCGGUUGUUGCCAUGGCGACCACAGGUCUCCAGGUGAUGGGACUGUUGCUGGCGCUGACCGGGUGGGCGGGCAGCGGUCUGGUGUGCGCCACCCCCUGGUGGCGGGUAUCGGCGUUCGUGGGCAACGAGCUGGUGGUGUCAGAGAUGUUGUGGGAGGGGCUCUGGAUGACCUGCCUAUCACAGUGGGGGAAGGUCCAGUGUAAAGCCUACGACUCGGGCCUGGCGCUCUCCGGCUCCGCCCAGCUGUGCCGCGCCCUGACGGUCCUGGCGCUGCUGCUGUGCCUGCUGGCGCUGCCGCUGGCAGUGACUGGUCUGAAGUGCACCCACUGCCUGGGGGACCGGCAGGAGGCGAAGGAGCGGCUGGUGCGGACGGCCGCCGCGCUCUUCGUCUUCUCCGCUGUGGUCUUCCUCCUCCCCGUCACCUGGACGGCGUACGUGGUGAUCCGGGAUUUCUACGACCCCAGCGUGGCACCGCCACUCAAGCGGGAGCUGGGCCCGGCGAUUUACCUCGGGUGGGUGAUGGCACUGCUGAUGCUAGUGGGCGGGGCUGUGAUGUAUCUUGGCUCCGCCCCCAGAGGAGCUCCGCCUACCGUCUCCAGUUUUGGAAAGAGUAAACCACAGCCAACAGUGACGACAACAACAACGCCGGCGACAACACCGGCAACGACAGCAGAGGACAAACCCGACAAAGCCUACGUGUGAGGAGGGAAGGUUAGCAUUAGCUUCUGGAUUGGAGUUAAAAUUUAAAAAGUAGUUUUAAAAAUCAAACAAACUUCU